CAUUGAUCCACCUUCUAAUCUUCCGUUUGACGAGUGAUGUUAAACGAUCAAGAGUAUAUGGAGCUUGUGUUUGAGAAUGGCCAGAUUCUUGCAAAGGGCCAAAGAUCCAACGUUCCUCUGCAGAAUCAACGUACCAAAUCGAUCAUGGAUUUGUAUGAGGCCGAGUAUAACGAGGACUUCAUGAAGAGUAUCAUCCAUGGUGGUGGUGGUGCCAACAAGAAUCUCGGAGACACGCAGGUUGUUCCUGCUCAUGAAACAAACAUGUUGGAAAGCAAUAAACAUGUUGACGAUUCCACUUUGAUUGAGACUUUGAAAGCUUCUUCAUCAAAGAGGAUGAUGGUUGAUUAUGAUAACCGAAAGAAGAUCAAGUUUAUACCUCCUGAUGAGCAAUCUGUGGUUGCUAAAAGGAUGGUUGAAUCGGGAUUUAACACUUCCUCCGCAGGUUUCACUGAAGACAGUGAAGGAUCGAUGUAUCUAAGCAGCAGUCUAGAUGACGAGUCAGAUGAUGCGAGGCCACAAGUUCCUGCAAGAACAAGAAAAGCUUUGGUCAAAAGAAAACGAAAUGCAGAAGCUUAUAAUUCACCUGAAAGAAAGCAAAGAAGAGACAUCAACAAGAAAAUGCGUACUUUGCAGGAUCUACUACCUAAUUCUCACAAGGAUGACAACGAAUCAGUGUUGGAUGAAGCAAUCAAUUAUAUGAAAAACCUUCAACUUCAAGUUCAGAUGAUGACGAUGGGUAACAGAUUUGUUACACCAUCAAUGAUGUUGCCUUUGGGGCUGCAUUACUCUCAGAUGGAUCUAGCAAUGGGUAUGGGAAUGCAAAUGGGCGCACAACAGUUUCUGCCUGCACAUGUCCUAGGAGCUGGCUUGCCUGGGAUUAAUGAUUCAGCAGAUAUGCUAAGGUUUCUUAACCAUCCUGGACUAAUGCAAAUGCAAAACUCUGCACCUUUCACUCCAACGGAAGAUUGUUCCCCACAAUCUGUCCCUCCAUCGUGCGCUGCUUUCCCUAACCAAAUACCAAACCCCACCUCUUUGUCAAAUUUAGAUGGUGCAUCACCUUACACAAGAAAUCAAGGAACAUUAACAGAUGAAGGAAUUCUCCCUGGUAAAAAUCUGGAAACCCGUGAGCAGAUGAAAUAAACAGUGAUGAUUGUUACCUGCUGAUUCACGGUCUUU